AAGAUUUUGAACUCUCUGGCGAAGGUAAUAUAUCCUUUUCUUUUUGUUUCUUUCUGACAUUUAGCAACAACUCCCAGAAUUAGCUAGCUAAACAAAGCACCCUGCACCUUCCUGAUAAGAAUUUGAACUCUCUCACCAGGAAAAUGAAGCGAAAGAUAGUGAUCAGGGUCACCUUAAAUAAUGGUAAAAAGAAUGCUCGGUCCAAGGCCAUGCAGAUUGCAGCUGGUCUACAAGGUGUGGAAUCAGUCUCUCUACAAGGUGAGGACAGCAGUCAGAUUGUUGUUGUCGGGGACAACAUUGAUUCAGUCAUCUUGACAUCUUUGCUGAGGAAGAAAGUUGGAUUUGCUGAAUUAACGAGUGUCUCACCAAUCAGUACAGAGGGGGAAAAACCAAAGCAAGAGACCAAACCCAGUGAAUUUGGAAUACAACCAAUGGUUUGGCUAACUUAUCCAGCUGGUGUGCCAUCUUAUUAUCAACCUGGUGUGCCAUAUUUUGCAUAUGAUGUCGCGGGUUACAACUAGAACUCUUGCACUAUUAUGUGACCUAUGUGUUAGAAUUAUUUGAUGGCUAAAACUUAGGUAGAGUUUCUUAGGUGCCUUAACUUUCAUUCUGCACAUGGUUCUUGAGAUUGAGUUUGAUUUAAGAAUCUAAAGUAAGAGCACUUAAGUACAGACAAGUGUAGGAAGUGCGGAUUGAUUAUUUUUGGUUCUCAUUCAAUGGAAAGGAUAAAAUAUUGUCUUAAA